AUGCUGGUGGUCACCACCAAUGGAGUCGAGGGCAAACGGAUCGUCGCCUACAAGGGGAUCGUCGCCGGGGAGUGCAUCAUCGGCGCCAAUAUCUUCCGCGAUCUCUUCGCGCGCAUCCGCGACAUCGUCGGCGGCCGCGCCGGCGCCUACGAGAAAGCCCUGCGCGACGCCAAGGACGAGGCGAUUGGCGACAUGGUGGAAAAGGCGGAAGCGCUGGGCGCCAACGCCAUCGUCGGUGUCGACCUGGACUACGAAACGGUCGGCGACUCCAUGCUGAUGGUCAGCGCCAACGGGACGGCAGUGGUGUUGGAGUAG